UUCAUUAGAAUUGUGGGUUGUAAUUGUAUGACUGUUUUAUGAUGUGUAUCGAUAAUAUAUUUUUUUGUUUAUUUUUCCCCAUGUACUCCUAUGGUUGUCAAACACUAGUGCAUUUCAUAUGGAUACUUUGUCAACAUAUAGUUGUGAAGCAAACAGCGGUGGCGAUGGAGGAUGAUGAAGAGCAGAAAGAGGAGCUGGAGGAGUCGGACAGUGAAGUUGCCCACAAGCAGCAAAAACAAGGGUGGACUCCAUGUUUCUUCUUUAGGACAGAUAAAGAGAUGUAUAAUUACGUCGGGCAGGAGAUUGUCAUCCAGGAAGCUUUUGACUCCUACGCAGGAACGAUAUGGCCGGCGGCUUUGGCUCUAUGUCAGUACUUGGACUCUCAUCGGAACCAGCUGAAUCUCAUGGACAAAGCUGUACUGGAGAUAGGAGCAGGGACGGGCCUGCUGUCCAUUGUGGCAUCGCUCCUCGGGGCUUGGGUGACUGCCACUGACCUUCCAGAUGUUCUGAACAACCUGAGAUUCAACCUGAGCAAGAACACCACGGGACGCUGCAGGCACACACCCCAGGUGGCCCCUCUGUCCUGGGGCUACAACCUGGAGCGCACCUACCCCACGUCAGUCUAUCGCUAUGACUACAUCCUGGCAGCUGAUGUGGUCUACCACCAUGACUUUCUGGACGAGCUUCUGGCAACCCUGAAGCACUUUUGCAAGCCAGGGACCACUUUGAUCUUGGCCAACAAGCUCAGAAUGGAAUCUGACCUCAGGUUUUUGGACAAAGUUAAAAGGGUCUUUAGAACAAAGAUGCUGGAAGAGGACAAAUCAUUAAUCAUCUUAAUGGCCACGUGCACAGAAGGUCAGCGGAACGUGGAAGUCGAGGAUCUUCAGGGAGGAGAGGCGACAGGGGUGGAUGGAGAAUUCCAGAUAAAUUCGGAAAAGAAUACCAGAUUUGAUGGGGAAGUCAUUGGAGAGGCUGUAAGAGAAAGGGAGUGUGAUAAGGAGGAGACGACGAAACAAUCAGUGAAUCCCAGAGCCGAAGUAGUGAAUGAGAUCGUCUCAGCAAAAGAUUUCACAGGAGACGUGUAUGAGGUGAAACAAACACAGCCUGCAAGAACAGAAGCUUGGGUUCCCAGCCUCAACAGCAGCUUUGGAAAAGAUGUCUACCAUUACACAUGACAGGAUAUUGUCAUUCCUGAAGCCAUAGAUUCCUUUGGAAUGGCUUUGAAAUAAUAUAGGGCGGUAUAGCGGUCAUCAUGUCUGUUGCACAUGUUGUUGUCAUGUCUGUUUCACAGUUGUUGUCUGUUCCACUGUGGUAGCGCUGCCCUAGGGUGGCAACCUGGAGCGCACUGACCCCACAUCUGAGCAUCAGUACGACUACAUCCUGGCUGCAGAUGUGGGCGACCAUCACAACUUCCUGGUUGAGCUUCUGGCCACCAUGAAGCACUUCUGUCAGCCAGGGACGAGCGUGAUCUGGGCCAACAAGGUCAGGCGGGAGUCUGACCUCUCGUUUACCGAAAAAUUUAAGGAGGCCUUCCAGACGUCCUUGCUCACUGAAGAUGAAGAUCUACAUGGGAAGAUGCAGAGACAUGGACAGCUAACUGAAUGAGAAGUAACUCUCCUUGCAGCAACCAUGAGUUGAAUUUCAUGUCACUAUCACUAAAAACAAUAGGCCUCCUUCUUCAUGAACUUUCUAAAAAGAACAAUCAUUAUUUGACCCUUUUGACAGCACACCUAUGACAUCAUCCCACUCUGUUAUUUUUCAAGUGCAAUUACAAGAUAUUUAGAUUUUUUUUUUGUCA